AUGAACUUUCCUGAAGUUUCCUCUUCAGGGUUUCCCAACGGCCUCUGCCAUAGGUGUGCCACGAUCUUCCAAGCACAUAGUACAGAGUUCCGUCUCGCCGAGAACGCCUGCUAUGUCAGCAUCGUCAAGAAAGGCGCAAGAGCAAUUUCAAUGGACUGCACUACCAUGCCUGGCGAUUUCCCACGGCAGCGACCUGAAAUAACCCAAUCGGCGGCCGCAUGGAUCACGGAAACCGAUCGGGUGCGCGCCUUACAUCCAUUUCAGGCCAACGCUGCUUUGCCCACCAGCGUCCUGUUUUCGCCUGGUCACCUGGGCCUCAACCCCGAAAGAGGAGGUGGAGGUGGAGUUGGAGCGUGA